AUGCGGCUCUGGAGUUGGGUGCUGCGCCUGGGGCUGCUGAGCGCCGCGCUGGGCUGCGGGCUGGCCGAGCGCCCCCGCCGGGCCCGGAGAGACCCGCGGGCCGUCCGUCCCCCGCGCACCGCCGCCGCCGCCGCCGGCCCGGCCACCUGCGCCACCCGGGCGGCCCGCGGUCGCCGCGCCUCUCCGCCGCCGCCGCCGCCGCCUCCUCCUCCGGGCGGUGCCUGGGAAGCCGUGCGCGUCCCCCGGCGGCGGCGGCAGCAGCGCGAAGCAAGGGGCGCCGCCGACCAGCCGAGCCCGCCGGGCCGCCGCCGGGCGCUCUAUUUCAGCGGGCGAGGGGAGCAGCUGCGCCUCCGGGCCGACCAGGAGCUGCCCCGGGACGCGUUCACGCUGCAAGUGUGGCUACGGGCCGAGGGGGGACAGAGGUCUCCCGCAGUGAUCACAGGGCUGUAUGACAAAUGUUCUUAUACCUCACACGACCGAGGAUGGGUCGUGGGCAUUCACACCGUCAGUGAUCAAGGCAACAGAGACCCACGCUACUUUUUCUCCUUGAAGACAGACCGGGCCCGGCAAGUGACCACCAUUGAUGCCCAUCGCAGCUACCUCCCAGGCCAGUGGGUAUACCUAGCUGCCACCUAUGAUGGACGGGUAAUGAAACUGUAUGUGAAUGGUGCACAGGUGGCAACCUCUGGGGAGCAAAUGGGUGGACUAUUCAGCCCACUGACUCAGAAGUGCAAAGUACUCAUGUUGGGGGGCAGUGCUCUAAAUCAUAACUACCGGGGCUACAUUGAGCACUUCAGUCUGUGGAAGGUGGCAAGAACACAGCAGGAGAUACUUUCUGACAUGGAAACCCAUGGCCUGCACAGCCCUCUACCUCAGCUCCUCCUUCAGGAGAACUGGGAUAAUGUGAAGCGCACUUGGUCUCCCAUGAAGGAUGGCAACAGCCCCAAGGUCGAACUCAGCAAUGCCCACACUUUCUUGCUGGACACAAAUUUAGAACCUCCUCUCUGUGGGCAGACAAUGUGUGACAACACAGAGGUCAUCACCAGCUACAAUGAGCUUCUGAAUUUCCGCCGGCCCAAGGUAGUACGCUAUCGGGUGGUCAACCUCUAUGAUGAUGACCAUGAGACUCCAACAGUAAGCCUCCAACAGAUCAACUUCCAGCAUGAACAGCUGCUUGAGGCCUUCAGAAACUACAACAUUUCUUGGGAACUGGAGGUGUUGGAGGUUAAUAACUCCUCCCUGCGCCACCGCCUCAUCCUGGCCAACUGUGACAUUAGCAAAAUUGGGGAUGAAAUCUGUGACCCCGAGUGCAACCACACACUGACUGGUCAUGAUGGUGGAGACUGCCGCAACCUGCGCUACCCUGCUUUCAUGAAGAAGCAGCAGAAUGGUGUGUGCGACAUGGACUGCAACUACGAAAAGUUCAACUAUGACGGCGGAGAGUGCUGUGACCCGGAUAUCACUGAUGUCACUAAGACUUGUUUUGAACCCGACUCUCCACACAGAGCCUACUUGGAUGUUAAUGAGCUAAAGACCAUUCUUAGAUUGGACGGAUCAACACACCUCAAUAUUUUCUUUGCAAACUCUUCAGAGGAGGAGUUGGCAGGAGUGGCAACUUGGCCAUGGGACAAGGAGGCCCUACUGCACUUGGGUGGCAUUGUCUUGAACCCAUCUUUUUAUGGCAUUCCUGGACACACCCACACCAUGAUCCAUGAGAUUGGACACAGCCUGGGUCUCUAUCACGUCUUCCGUGGAAUCUCAGAAAUCCAGUCUUGCAGUGACCCCUGCAUGGAAACAGAGCCCUCCUUUGAAACUGGAGACCUCUGCAAUGAUACCAACCCAGCUCCCAAACACAAGUUUUGUGGUGAUCCAGAGCCAGGCAAUGACACUUGUGGCUUUCACAGCUUCUUCAACACUCCCUACAGCAACUUCAUGAGCUAUGCAGAUGACGACUGUACGGACUCCUUCACGCCCAAUCAAGUUGCUAGAAUGCACUGUUACCUGGACCUAGUGUACCAGAGCUGGCAGCCAUCCAGGAAGCCGGCACCUGUUGCUCUUGCCCCCCAGGUUGUGGGCCACACGACCAGCUCUGUGAUGCUGGAAUGGUUCCCACCCAUCGAUGGCCACUUCUUUGAAAGAGAAUUGGGAUCAGCAUGUGACCUUUGCCUGGAAGGGAGAAUCCUGGUACAAUAUGCUUUCAAUGCCUCCUCUCCUAUGCCCUGUGGCCCAUCUGGACACUGGAGCCCUCGGGAAGCAGAAGGUCACCCAGAUGUUGAACAGCCCUGUAAGUCCAGUGUCCGUACCUGGAGCCCAAAUUCAGCUGUCAACCCACACACAGUCCCUCCAGCCUGCCCUGAGCCACAAGGCUGCUACCUCGAGCUGGAAUUCCGCUACCCUUUAGUCCCUGAAUCGUUGACAAUCUGGGUGACCUUUGUCUCCACGGACUGGGACUCCAGUGGUGCUGUCAAUGACAUCAAACUGUUGACUAUUAAUGGAAAGAACAUCUCACUUGGCCCUCAGAAUGUCUUCUGUGAUGUGCCUCUGACCAUCAGACUUCUAGAUGUGGGUGAAGCUGUGUAUGGCAUUCAGAUCUAUACUCUGGACGAGCACCUGGAGAUCGAUGCUGCCAUGCUGACCUCCAUUGCAGAUAGCCCACUUUGCCUGGACUGUAAGCCUUUAAAGUAUAAAGUGGUCCGGGACCCUCCUCUCCAUGCAGAUGUGGCCUCCCUUCUACACCUCAACAGGAGAUUCAUGGACACGGAUGUGAAACAUGGCAGUGUGUACCAGUACCAGGUUAUCACCAUUUCAGGAACUGAAGAGAGUGAGCCAUCCCCCGCUGCCAUAUAUACCCAUGGAAGUGGGUACUGUGGAGAUGGCAUUAUUCAGAAAAGCCAAGGAGAGGAGUGCGAUGACAUGAAUAAAAUCAGUGGGGAUGGCUGUUCCCUGUUCUGCCAACAAGAAGUUUCCUUCAACUGCCUUGAUGAACCCAGCCGGUGCUAUUUCCAUGACGGUGAUGGGGUGUGUGAAGAAUUUGAGCAAAAAACUAGUAUUAAAGACUGUGGUGUCUACACACCCCAGGGUUUCCUAGAUCAAUGGGCAUCCAAUGCUUCAGUGUCCCAUCAAGACCAGCAAUGUCCAGGUUGGGUUGUCAUCGGACAGCCAGCAUCAUCCCAGGUAUGUCGAACCAAGGUGAUAGAUCUCAGUGAAGGCAUUUCACAGCAUGCCUGGUACCCUUGCACCAUCAGCUAUCCAUACUUUCAGGUGCCUCAGACAACUUUCUGGCUCCAGACCUUCUUCUCUCAGCCAAUGGUUGCUGCAGCUGUCAUUGUCCACCUGGUGACUGACGGGACAUAUUAUGGGGACCAAAAGCAAGAGACCAUCAGUGUGCAGUUGCUUGACACCAAAGACCAAAGCCAUGAUCUAGGCCUCCAUGUCCUGAGCUGCAGAAACAAUCCCCUGAUUAUCCCCGUGGUCCAUGACCUCAGCCAGCCCUUCUACCACAGCCAGGCGGUACGUGUGAGCUUCAGUUCGCCCCUGGUCGCCAUCUCAGGGGUGGCCCUCCGCUCCUUCGACAACUUUGACCCCGUCACCCUGAGCAGCUGCCAGAGAGGAGAGACCUACAGCUCUGCUGAGCAGAGCUGUGUGCACUUUGCCUGUGAAGCAACAAACUGUCCAGAGUUGGCUGUGAGGAAUGCGUCUCUCAAUUGCUCCAGCAGUGACCACUACCAUGGUGCCCAAUGCACUGUGACCUGCCAGACAGGUUAUGUGCUGCAGAUACAACGGGAUGAUGAGCUGAUCAAGAGACAGAUGGGACCAAGUGUCACAGUGACCUGCUCAGAGGGCAAAUGGAACAAACAGGUGGCAUGUGAGCCAGUGGACUGUGGCAUGCCAGAUCACCAUCACGUCUAUGCUGCCUCCUUCUCCUGCCCAGAAGGCACCACCUUUGGCAGCAAAUGCUCCUUUCAGUGCCACCACCCUGCCCAGCUGAAAGGCAACAACAGCCACCUGAUAUGUAUGGAGGAUGGUUUGUGGUCCUUCCCUGAGGCCCUAUGUGAGCUUAUGUGCCUCGCUCCAUCCCCAGUACCUAAUGCAGACCUGCAGACUACCCGGUGCCGGGAGAACAAACACAAGGUGGGCUCGUUCUGCAAGUACAAGUGCAAGCCUGGAUACCACGUGCCUGGCUCCUCACGGAAAUCCAAGAAACGGGCCUUUAAGAUUCAGUGUACCCAAGACGGCAGCUGGCAGGAGGGAGCUUGUGUUCCUGUGACCUGUGAACCACCUCCACCCAAAUUUCAUGGUCUCUAUCAAUGCACUAAUGGCUUCCAGUUCAACAGCGAGUGUAGGAUCAAGUGUGAAGACAGUGACUCCUCCCAGGGACGUGGGAGCAAUGUCAUCCACUGUCGGAAAGAUGGUACCUGGAGCGGCUCCUUCCAUGUCUGCCAGGAGAUGCAAGGCCAGUGUUCAACCCCGAACCAGCUCAACAGUAACCUCAAACUGCAGUGCCCUGAUGGCUAUGCCAUAGGGUCAGAGUGUGCCACUGCGUGCCUGGACCACAAUAGCGAGUCUAUCAUCCUGCCAGUAAACAUGACUGUGCGGGACAUUCCCCAUUGGAUGAACCCCACGCGAGUAGAGAAAAUUGUCUGUACUGCUGGUCUCAAGUGGUACCCUCAUCCUUCUCUAAUCCACUGUGUCAAAGGCUGUGAGCCAUUCAUGGGAGACAAUUACUGUGAUGCCAUCAACAACCGAGCCUUCUGUAACUACGAUGGUGGAGAUUGCUGCACUUCCACAGUAAAGACCAAAAAGGUCACUCCCUUCCCUAUGUCCUGUGACCUACAAGAUGACUGUGCUUGCCGGGACCCGAAGGCCCAAGAACACAGCCAGAAAGACCUUAGGGGAUUUAGCCACGGCUAAAGAAGGACAAAGAUUUGUCAAAAAUUCCCAACGCCAGGACCUGCAUCCCUCUGGUAUUGAUUUCACAGUCUGCUGCUCAAUGAAAUGGCCUCUGCACACCAGGGAUCCUUAGCACCCUACCGGUCUGCCUUUAAUUUCACCCAGGAAGGACUCACUGUGGGACAAAAGAAUGGAGUCACACCAUGUUGGAUGAUAGGAUGGAAUCUCUUUCCAUAGUGUGAGAUGGAUUGCAUAGACAUCAUGCAGUCCCAGAGCCUUCUAAAAUUCUAACCAUUUGUCACAUGACCACAGCAAAAACAAAUCUGUAUCUAGGAGUAUGCACAUCUGUGGUUAGUACAUGUGCAUGCAUACACACCCAUAUAAACAUCUGUGUGAGGGCAAUUUUGGAGAGUGAGCAGAAAGAGACUGGAACAAUCUCAAUCUUUCCUUUCCCAAGCUCCUAGCCAAUACUGUCCUUGGGAGAAAGAGUUACAGAAACUAAAAUCCAAUACUGAAAUUCUCACACUCUGAGGCUCAGAAUGUAUAGGGCAUGCACCACUGUGCAGUCCUUUGGGAUUGGAGGUGAAAUGGUCUACUACCACCAACUGUCUAGGCAUCUAAAGCCCAGGAAGAUAUAAAGAUUCCAAGGUGUGCAAAUACUCCCCAAUACUUCUGCUGCCAUGGGGAGUUUAGGGAUUUUACCCUAACAAUAGGGUUAAAGGCCAAGCUGGAAAUGGCUUAGGACUGCAAGGUCAAGGUAUUAUACCAGCUCCCUGCUUGAGGCUUGAGGUCAUAAUAUCCUUCCAGAUCCCACCCCUUCUCCAGAUAUUGCCUUGGGAUCACAUUUGCUGCUACUUUUUUUUUUUUUUCUGCUGCUCUAUCUUAUACAUUGAGUACCCCAAGACAGUAGGUCUAGGUUAGGAGAACCUCCACACAGCCAAGCAGUCUGCCUUAAAAGUGACCCACAUGUUCCCAUAGUUUCCUCACUCUUCAGUCCUUCUUCAAGACAGAUACCUUCUUGAGCCCACAUGGUGAGAAGUUAAAAUCCAGGAUGAGUGGGCUUCUCAUUUUGGAAGAGAGUUAAGGGACCUUAGAUGCUGUAGGCACUCCUAUGAGCUCAGCAUGUCUAAGCCAGUGUUAGAUUUUAUAAUCAAGUGUAACAGUGUUAAGCUUCUGGGAUUCUGGGGCCAUUUUAAGGCUGUUGCAAUUGUCAGGACUCAGGUUAUCGACCUUAUCCCAGCCUUCUAGCCCUCUAAGCUAGAAUAAGCUUUGGUCCUAAAGACGUCACUGUUGCUCUGAGUAGAUACGAUUCUUAAAUCAGGAAUAAUCUUAGAUAUGGUCAACAUGCACUAUGUUCUGGAGGACCAUCAGAAGUAAUCCUGGGGAUCAAGCCUCAGUACCCAAAAUAUGGCCAUCACUUUUCCCACAACGUUUCCCAGAUGUCAGUGCUUAGCACUUUUUUCCACACCUGUUGCUGGGAAACCCUCUUUUCCUUUACAUAUUCAGUUGAGAGAAAAUAAGUUAACUCCACAUGGGUACCCAUACUGCCUUUAGGAUUUCUUUGCUGCUUUUCAGUUACUUGUCCACUCCCUCUGAAUUAAUAUGUGAAGAUAUUAAGAUAAGGUAGAAAGAGUAGUUCAGUUUGAUAUAUUUCCUGAGCUGUGGAUCUGGGAAGCAAGUGCAAGAAUUCUAUAAUGUAAAAAUGACUAAACAUCAACUGAUCUCAUAUCUAGUGGAGAAAACCAGUGAAAGUAAAAUUUAGGACAGACAUACAAAAUACCAGCCCAAUGGAUAACCCACCCAUUUCCAGCAUCCAAGCCAAGCAUUGUUAAUCCGCCAUGACUCUUUUCCCUACCAAGACCAGAAAUAACUCCAGAAACAGUGUUCUUAUAUCACACCCAACAGCUUUUUCCGGCUGAUCAAGAACACUUGAAAAGGCAUCUAUUGGCCAUCUGUGGACUGUUAUAUUAAGAAAUAUGCCAAGGUACUUUUUGCACAGGUGUCCGUAAAUAAGGAUACAGUGCUUAGCUUAUGCAGCUUGUCCUGCAUGGAAAACUCUGAGAUUGAGGUCUAGAAUGCAGAGGUGACUGGCCACCCUGGAGAAGGCCAAGCACUGGACCUUUAUGUCUCUUCCUUAUAAACCCAUAUUGCGAUUAUUUCUAGGGUGUUUUCUUCUGUAAUUACCACAUCAAAUUCUUAGCAAAAUCAUAAUAAUCAUAAUAAGGACAAUAUUAAUGGAGCUGGUACUAAUUUGUACCACUCUCUUGAAUCUUCAGAUAUUUGUCAACUCGUGCCCAGCUGUGUAAUGUCAGCUUAGAAGGUACGUGGAAGGGAACAAGGCAGCCUUCCCGCUUGCUUAAUAUGCCCUUAAGUAUUAUGAAAACCUUUGGAUACUCAAAGAUGAUAUCACUAAAGGCGGGAUUUCAGGAACCACAGAAAGACCUCAGGAGCAUGACUUAAGCAAGUGCUUAUUCAACUUCUACCUUCAUUCCCAUGGUCAUCUGGCCCUGCAUUGUCCCUGGAGGCUGACUUCUGUCUUCAGAUUCAUAGGCUGAGCUGAGCCUUUCCAGGUAAAGCCUCACCCUAUCUCCUCCUUGCUGUCAUGCAAACCUACUUCUAACAAACUGGUAUUUAAUAAGGACAAUAGGCAAAAGAGGCUCCUUGAUUGGUGGGCUGCCUUGUGCCCACAGGGAACUUGGCAGGUUAUAGGCUCCUCAAAGGCCUCAGUGCAAGAGGGUCAGCUGUAUUUAUGGAAUGCACUGAUUCCCAGUGCAUUUUCUUACUGAGAAUAAUAAAUUCCUUGUCACCUCCCCUCAGCUAUCUGUUCCUAACAGUUGAGUGACCAGGAGGAGGAGGCUCCAAAGCACUGUCGUGUAUCCCACAACUCAGGGGCCUUAAAAUGUUAGGGAGUUUUACAACUGAAGAAGCAUGUCUAUUGCCAGCAAAGGAAGCAAUGAUGAGGCUGUCAGUUCUCUGAGCACUAUCCUGGGAGCCCUUCCCAAGCCACAAUCCUGUCUGCCCAGAGGACUUAUAUUACUCCCAGAUUUUGUGCCAACAGCCUCAUAAGGGAAUCCAGUCCUGGGGAAGUCAGUGUGAGUAGGUGAUCUGGUGUGUAAAGGAAGGGAGAUUAUCAGUCAUAAAUAGCAGGCCUUUGGAGACAGAGGGUAUCAGCUGCUGCUUUUGGCUUCAGCACAUUGGGUUACUGCCGAGACAGUUCUCUUGGUCAUAUUCCCGCCUUGGCUGAUGCUUAAAUGCUAUUUGUUGAAACUAAUUCUUUGAGACAUAUUUCAGCUACCUCCCUUCCAGGUUCGAUUUAACUUGGUUGUUACUGUCAAUUUGUUAUAGGUCUUACCUGUGUUUGAAAAUACAAAGGGAAAGAAAUUGAGAAAAGAAAGAAAAAGGGAAUGCAAGAAAGGACAGAAAGAAAACAGAAGGAAGCAAACAAUAAAAAGUCACAUAAACAGUUUUGAGGGGAGUGUGUAUGUGUGUGUGUGUGUGUGUGUGAGUGUGUGUGUGAGUGUGUGUGAUUUUUUUCUGGAAUUACUUCAACUGAGAAAAUAAAUAGAAAAAAAUUGGUGGUGACAAAGCUGUACAGAUAGAAAUAAAUAGAGUAAAAUAAUAUUAUAAGGAACUAAAAUGCAUGACUAAAAAUAAAAAAAUAAGAACCCUA